AUGGCUGCGAUUUGUUGGCAGACAGCGCAGCAGCAGGAUCUGGAAUUGGAUUGCUGGCUGCCCCUGGAGGCUGCUCGUGUACUGGUGAAAGGAUGGAUUGGCCUUGCGGAGCUUUGGAUUGUUGAAGGCGGUGCCGUCCAACACGACACAUCCGGCGAGUUCAGGGUCCUGGGUGUGGGACGAGACUUUGAAGGCCAUGAGCUGGUUCUAGGUGACGCUUCUGUCAAACACGUGGCAGUGGGAACAUUGGCCGAGACAGGCUGUGGCGCUAACGUGUGCGUCAGCAAAGAUGACUGGUCCGUGUUGGACAAACUUGCAGAGGGCGCUACAGCAAUGAUAGAUGUGCCUGGUACACUGACUCUUUGCGAGAGCGUCUUGGAGCACAAUCCACGAGCAAGGGCUUGGUCGUUCUAUUCUAUGCUGGCACGCAGCGAUCGGCCAGAAACUUUAUUUUUCAAGAUGCCGAGGCACAAAUCUCUCCAUUGGAUCACGUUUGCACGGCACUGGUGGCUGCAAGCCUUGUGCUUGGUUCUGGAAGGAACAAGGAAUUUAAGCAGCAUCAAGCUGCAACCGCUUCACCUGCACCUGUUCAGGUGGCAGCGGGUGCUACAGCCAGCUGCAGUAGUUCCGCGCGGCCUGGAGGAGGCGGCUGCUUGUGGCAUGCAGGUGGGGCCGUUAGUGGCUGAAUUGUCAUCAUCUGUAAAUGGGCACGGAAUAUCGUCGCAACUUCAUCGAGUGACCACCGGAGACCAGUUCUUGCGCAUGUCCUUUCGAUGUGAGACAGUUGUGAGACGUGGAACAGAUGUCAAACAGAUGUGCAAGGACGCCUCCUUCAAAGGCGUACAGGCGUGGAACGGAAGCCGGCCUUUCAAGACACCCGGGGCCCACUUUGCUCAGACCCUUCUGGUGCGAACACUGUCAGCUGGAGCUUUCAGGCUGCAGCCGCAGAUGACUCGCGUGUCCGAUGGCCUCGUGCAUGCACAGGAGCCGACGUAUGCGGAUCAUGGUCUAGCCUUCCGAAUGCAGCGGGACGCGCGCAAUGCCGAUGAAGGUUUGCCAAAGGCCAAGGCCGUGCCGACGCCGUCGGUUCCCAAGCUCUUAACGCAUCUUGUGUCAACCUUAGUCGUCCAUUCGCCUACCAGUGCGGAUGAGUCAAGGACGAUGAGGAGAAGCCAAGUUGAAGGAUACGAGGACAUCCCGGACAUUCCUGUCACUGUUAAGAACACGUUUGUCCACUUCGUCGAGGGUGGACCGGUCUGCGGUAUUGUCGAGCGUUGGUCUUCCUGUCCUGCCAACCUGGAACCGAGCAAGAUCCAAAUCACCUCUGUAGCCACAGCGCGGGGCGAUGGGGAUGAUAGAGAUGUCGAGAGCAGGCAUCAUGCUGCUGGACGUCUGCAGGAACAGCAGCGACGAGCACAUCAAGCAGAUCAGCCCGGAUGGGGAGUCGGGCUGAAGACGCAGUCUCAGCCUCACAUGAGCAUCCCGGACGCGGACGAGGAGCCGGGAGAGGUGUUUGCUACCAGAGCGCAAGAGCUCCGUCUCAGCAAGACAAUCAACCGUGAAAUAACGCAUGCGGCAAGCAAAGGCAAAGUCAAAGCAGUCCUCGAUGUCACCUGGAGCCGAUUGAUGUCGAUGAAUGGCGUCAACCUCGCCACGGCAUUGCACCGCAUAGCCCGUCACAGCUCUGAGGAUCCGUCUCAGACCGCUGAAGUUCACAAGCAUCCCGGCUUCGGCCCAAUGAUGAAGGCCAUUGAGAGGAAAGCGAGGUUUGCCUUAGAAUCUGGGCAAGAUAGCAACUCUGCUGAAGCCCAAUCUGCCGGCUUUCCGGCCCAGUGCGCCAGCAUCAUUGCGUGGUCUUGUGCGACGCUGUCAGUUCGAGAUGAAGGCAUGCUUGCAAUACUGGCAGAGCUGGCUGGACCCCGAUUGCGCGAAUUGAAGCCGUACGAGGUUACGAAUCUCAUUUGGGCAUUUGCGAAGCUCUCUGUUCCUUGUGGUCCGUUGUACCAGAAUGCGGCAAAGAUGCUGCAGACGCGACAGCGUGGAGAGUACAAGGCGCAAUGCCUCUCUGCAGCCAUCUGGUCGUUUGCACAAUCCGCUGCGCUUUCAAGGACUGCGCAAGCUCAGCUUUUCAAGAGCAUUGGCGACGAGAUGGUCCCACAGGUUAGUUCCUUGAAGCCCCAAGAGAUGGCCAAUACGGUCUGGUCCUUUGGGCAUGUCCGUGUGAAGCACCAGCGUCUCUUCGAGGAGAUCUGUGGUGCUUUUGCCAACUCCCCGGGAGCAUCUCGAUUUAGCAUUCCGCAGCUGACAAGCAUUUUGGUGGGAUGCGCUCAGGUGCACUUCCAUCAACCCGAAGUCAUUGGAAGAAUAAGCGCAGUGUUGCUGCGCAACAGCCAUGUCCUCACUGCGGAACAGCUGUCUUCCGUUUUGUGGUCCUUGGCGGAGCUGGAUGCACGCGACCGUGUCCUUCUGGUGCAGAAGCUCUUGGACAUGGCAGCUGCAGACCUGACUUCCUUCAACCAUGAGGACCUACAUACUGUCAUGGCAGCAGCCAGAACGCUGUGCCCGCAGCACCGAGUCUUCUUUGAUGCUUGCAAAGCCAUUUUUGGAGAGGACAGAAGUCGAGACGGAGCGCCCCUGCACGGCAUAUUGGAAGACUCCGAGGAAGAAUGA